CGUGACAUCUCAAUAUCUUAUGCCCUUUCCGCCUUCUACAGCUUUGAAGGAGGUUGCCUAUUUUCCCCCAUCAUGGCGGACACGCGUGUCCAGGUGCUGCUGGGAACAGGACUUACUGUCCUUUCCCACCCGCUUAUGUAUGUGAAGGUGCUAGUUCAGAUUGGACAUGAACCUCUGCCUCCUACUGUAGGAAGAAAUAUAUUUGGUAGACAGAUCUACCAGCUGCCAGGACUUUUUUCAUAUGCGAAACACAUCGUGAAGAUUGACGGGAAGGCGGGGCUGUUCAGCGGCCUGGUGCCCAGGCUCUGCGCCGGGACCAUAGGCACCGUCGUCCACGGCUCCGUCCUGCAGAGAUGCCAGGAAGGAGGCCAAGCUGAGGAACAUGGGAUCUGUGAAAAGGCAGAAGAAGGAUCUCUGAAGCAUGUCGUAAAUGAGACCACCAAAGAGAUGAUUGCCCGCUCCUGUGCCACGAUCGUCACGCACCCUUUCCACGUGAUCACUCUAAGAUGUAUGGUCCAGUUUGUAGGCCGAGAAACCAAAUACAGCGGCGUAUUUGACUCCAUCUCCACAAUCUACAGGGAAGAAGGAAUUCUGGGAUUUUUUGCGGGGAUGAUCCCGCGUCUCCUCGGCGACGUGCUGUCGCUGUGGAUCUGCAACAUGCUGGCCCACCUCAUCAACACCUAUGCAAUAGACAACUCGAUGAAUCACAUGGGCGAGAUCAAGAACUGCUCCCAGACCGUGACAGGGUUCUUUGCCAGCAUGCUGACCUAUCCAUUUGUGCUGGUGUCCAACCUAAUGGCUGUCAACAACUGCGGUCUGGCAGGUGGCCUCCCCCCUUAUGCUGCUGUGUAUCCCACCUGGCUGGACUGCUGGAGACACCUGAGCUUAGAGGGAAACAUGAGCAGAGGCAACAGUCUCUUUUUCCGGAAGGUUCCAGCAGGGAAGCUGUACGCGCUCGACCAGAAGAGAUUGUUUUAAAAGGGGGGUGGGGCAGCGGACAGCCUAGCAGCAUCUUACAAUAAUAAAAAAAAGAAAAAAACAGUCAAUUGGAACUAAUGGGUUGUAUCUAAUUUGUAUGCAUUUGUUGACAAUGAUGUGCUGGAAUUUUUUUAACGAUGUCGAACUGCCACCGGCGAAGACGACAUUUUCACGUUAUUUUACAGAAACACGAGCUGCAUCGAUGAAGUCGAAAAGAGCUUUAUUUUAAUAAUAUUUAGGCAUUUGUGUAAAUAAUACUGCAGGACAACAACGGAAUUCAACUUAAUAAACAAUGGUUUAAAUUCA